AUGGGGAAGUGCCGAGGACUCCGUACGGCCAGGAAGCUACGCAGCCACCGGCGAGACCAGAAGUGGCACGACAAGCAGUACAAGAAGGCUCACCUGGGUACCGCUCUGAAGGCCAACCCCUUCGGGGGCGCUUCCCACGCCAAGGGCAUCGUCCUGGAGAAAGUGGGCGUUGAGGCCAAACAGCCCAAUUCUGCCAUCAGGAAGUGCGUACGAGUUCAGCUGAUCAAGAAUGGCAAGAAGAUCACGGCCUUUGUUCCCAACGAUGGCUGCUUGAACUUCAUUGAGGAAAACGACGAGGUUCUGGUAGCCGGCUUCGGCCGGAAAGGCCACGCCGUGGGAGAUAUUCCCGGAGUCCGCUUCAAGGUGGUCAAGGUCGCCAACGUCUCUCUUCUGGCUCUGUACAAAGGCAAGAAGGAGAGACCCAGGUCAUGAGUUUUCUGUAAUGGCAUUGGGACUUCAAUAAAUAUUCUUUCGGGAA